CUGUUGUGGAAGUCUCCGCAGCCCUUUAGCUGAGUGAGAGAGAGAGAGACAGCAGCUGGAGAGAAAGGGAGAGUAAGGGACAGUUACUGUUAGAGUUUCACACCUACUGCUGUUCAUUAACCUGAGAGCUAUGUCUCCAUUCCCAGCCUUGCGAAUGGGAGGUCUCCUGGUCAGGCGAGGGAUAGCUGCGAACGUCAGUGUGCGGGCUGCUCAUGGGCACGAGAUUUCGAAACAGGAAGACCUGUCUCUGCCGAUGUACUGGGACCGCAAGGACACCCCCUUGCCUGACAUCCCCUUCCAAAAGGCCCUGACAACGGCCCAGCAGUCCCUCAAGCAGAAAGAGCUGGGCUCCUGGAAGAACCUCUCGGAGGAGGAGAAAAUCGCCCUGUACCGCCUGGCGUUCAACCAGACUUUCGCAGAGAUGAAAAAGCCAACCCAAGAGUGGAAGACUGUGGUGGGAGGCGUGCUGAUCUUCAUCGGCCUCACCGGGCUGGUGGUGUGGUGGCAGCGGGUCUUCGUGUUGCCGCCUCAGCCUCACACCCUGAAGGAGGAUUGGAUCGCAGCGCAGGCCAAGAGGAUGAUUGACAUGCGAGUCAAUCCAGUCGAGGGCUUUUCCUCCAGAUGGGACUACGAGAAAAACCAAUGGAAGAAGUAGGAGGAGGGCAGCCUGUAUUGCUGCUCCUGGUCCGUCCAGCUGCCACCUGAAUGUCCUGAUUGACCUGUAUGCUGUGAGCACACUGUAACCCACAUUCACUUAGUCCUGCCACUCACUUUGGGCCAGACCUACUAAAAUUUCGAUCCAGCGCCGUGCAACGUUUACCCGUUUAACCCAGUUUAUUUCUUGUUCCGAAACGAUAAUUUCACAAGCUUCUCUGUCACAUUUUCAAUAGUUUCUUUCUAGUUUUGAAAAAGUUUAUUUUUCUUAGGAAAGUACUUUUCAUUUUUAAAACUUUCCUUUUUAAAAAUUCCUCACUAAAUGAAAUCUUAGUUUGUGGUUAUUUCUGUGGAAUGCACCUUACUGAAUUCUUAAGAAAGGAGUUUUUUCAGAGCGUUGGGUGAUCGGCUUACAUGUCUGACUCAAAGAAACAAGGGAAACUUUCCUCUCAUUCGGCCUCUCUUAUUUGUACUAAAUAAAGAAUACAAAGUCUAACCUGA